ACGUGCAGGUAGAUAAGGAGUCGAGCCACGCGAGGGACGGAGCGGAUUUGUGAGCCAGCUCACCUUCCCUCCUCUCUCUCCUCCCCUCUUUUCUUUUCCUCUUCUGACUGAGGCGCGAACAGUCUCUCUCUCUCUCUCUCACUCUCCCUUUACGGAGGCAGUUUGCAAUUCCUGCUCUUCAUGCCAGAGCCUGCAGCUGUCUCGGUUGCGUCCCACCGCCACUGGUGUGGGAAAGCUUCGCGACGCAUGGAGGAACCGACAGCAGAUUUAGUUUUUCCCCGCACCUAUAGAAAACCAGAGGAUUUUUUUUUUUUUGUAACUUUCUAAACUAUUUCCUGCGUCGUAAGGAGACCGAAUGAAGGGAUUUGUCAGCUGAGACGCCCCGUCCGCGAUAUGACGGAAAUCUUUUUUGUUGUUGUUGCAACUGUGAAGGACACUGUAUAGGAAUGUGGAAUAUAAGUCUCUCUCUACGGACAAGCUCCCGCCCCUGAAACCAUGACCACAGCGUUGAACCAGACCUCCUUCCUGAAUGAAUCCAUCCAAAGAGGAUGCAGCCUCACCAAGACAGGUUUCCAGUUCUACUACCUGCCCACUGUUUACAUCAUGGUUUUCCUCACUGGGCUGGUAGGCAACAGCCUGGCCAUCUGGAUGUUCGUCUGCCACAUGAGACCCUGGAGCAGCAUCUCCGUCUACAUGUUCAACCUGGCCCUGGCUGACUUCUGCUACGUCCUCUCUCUGCCUUUCCUCAUCUUCUACUACUUCAACAAAACCAACUGGAUAUUCGGGGACGUCUUGUGUCGCCUCCAGCGCUUUAUAUUCCACGUGAACCUCUACGGAAGUAUUCUGUUUCUCACCUGCAUCAGUGUUCACAGGUACACUGGCGUGGUGCACCCGCUCAAGUCUCUGGGCAGACUGAAGAAGAAGAACGCUGUCAUCACCAGCGCUCUGGUGUGGUUGAUAGUCGUCAUAAGCAUGUCCCCGAUUCUUUAUUAUUCCAGGACAGGUCCGAAGCGUAACCUGACCACUUGCUACGACACGACCACUGAGGACGAGCUGCCGGGUUAUUUCAUUUACAGCAUGACUUUGACUGUGUUCGGGUUCUGCGUCCCGUUCAUCAUCAUAUUUUGCUGUUACGGCAUGAUCGUCAAGGCGUUGAUCUACAACGACAUGAACAACGCGCCGCUCAGGCAGAAAUCCAUCCACCUGGUCAUCAUCGUGCUUGCGGUCUUCGCCGUCUCCUACCUGCCGUUCCACGUCAUGAAAAACCUGAACAUGCGGGCGAGGCUGUACUUCCAGAGCCCCGACAUGUGCGAGUUCAACAACCGCGUCUACGCCACGUACCAGGUGACGCGGGGCCUCGCCAGCCUCAACAGCUGCGUGGAUCCCAUCCUUUACUUCCUGGCCGGGGAUACGUUCAGGAGGAAGCUGUCACGGGCCACCAAGAAAACCUCUAGGAAGGGGGACACUGUCCUUCAGUCCAAGAGCGAUGAGACAGCUCUCAAUAGUCUGGCCGAGUACGUGGAGAACGGAAACCGCAGGAACUAACCAAGGUGUCCUUUUAGUUCGGGAAACAGAUGGACUAGGAGUAAAGAAAUGCACUGUGGACUAAAGACUAUGUAAAAAUGUAUCAGAUGAUGGCUAACUACUCCACACGCUUUGCUGACAGUCGCUUGUCAACAUUGAUAAGCUAUCGUACUGUACUGCCAUGUAUUGUGUCGUUCUCAAAAUACUAGAGCCAUUACUUCGUUUUCCAUCAUGCAGCUUGUGUUACUUACACUUCUGACUAAAUGAGCCCCGUGAAGAGCCUGGCUGAGGGGAAACAGAUUGUCGGACAGGCAAUAAUCCGUUGUCCAUCAAUAUCUUCGGCUAUGUACGGCUUAACGUGAAUUGUAUUUUCUCAAGCCACUUGCUGAUGUUUAAUCAAUACCCAUUUAGCAAGGUGAGAGAUUGCGCCUGAGGAGUCGCAGGCGGUGAAUGGCUUUUAGACGAGAACGUGAAUGCACUGAGCCUGUGGUUGCUGAACAGAUGUGCACAGCAGACAUUGUAAUGCACUAUGAGCUGAGACUAUCUGCUCUUUACCUGUUAAUCUUCAGGGGGAGUUUGCUUUUUUUUCUUUUUUUUUGUCACCCAGUAUGUAUCACUGUUGGAGGUCAGUGUGUGGUUUUCUCUGAGGUCAAAGUCUACAAAGGCUCUUUUUCCCUUCUAACCUCUGUCACAGAAAACAAGGGUAAUAUUUGCAGUAUUUUUGUGCAUCUGAUGCUACAGUUGUUUUUUUUUCUUCUUCUUCUAGGUGUACUGUACAGGAUGUUGUGACUAUUAAGAUUAGUUUACUUCAUCAUGUGUAUUUUUUUUUACUAACUUGGAGCUUUUCUAAUGCAUAAGUCCAGGCUGAAAGCAGUCCAGCAGGGUGAAAGCGUGAACGAGUGACUCACCUCAGCAUGUUCUAACUACCCUUGCAUUCAUUGCAACAUAGAAAAUCUUAGUCACAAUUCUUCGCUCGCUUUACAGCUCCAUCAACACGUUGAAGAUCUAUUUGUAUGAGAUACCUCAAAAGUGAAUUGUGCACUGUGUCCGUGUUUGGCAGACAGUCUUUUAGGUUUUUUUUUUUUUGUAUUUGUUUCAUAUUGGUUGUAAGCCUUCUUGAGAAAUGAUUGUGAAAACUCUCUCUCCGUGUUCUGUGUAGAUGUUUGAUGUUCGAAGCCUACUAAUUUCUGUGUCAUGGCCUGUUUUAAGUAUCAAAAAAAAGGAAGUAAAUCUGCUGUGCUAGACAUUU